AUGUCGCAUACUGGACCUGCAUCUCAACAUGCAGAACGCCGUUCUUCGAGGUCCCCGCUGGGAGACGAUCUAGCAUCACCUUCCUCGAUUCGGCACAGACAAGUUGGUAACCGUGAUGUGCGCCACAACGUCUCAUAUAGCAAUGGCGAGGAAAGAAUGCAGCAGGUUCCGCAAAAGAGUCUUGGUGUUCACAACAUCCUCAAUCCCUUGGAGCCGCGUUCUUUGGGCCUAGGAGGAAGCGGACCUCUUAAUCCAGCAACCCGUCCUUCCGAUCCAAAAAUGUCAGUCCAAACAGCUGGCCCAAUGUCAGGGCCCUUCUCUGGAGCAAGGCCAUUUCCUGCCAACCAGCCUGCGUCAAUUUCUCUCCCAGGAACACCUCAAUUUGGUACCAUGACACCACUUGGUGGUUCUUCGUCGGAACGCAACUCCCCAACAACAGCAUAUCCCUUUCCUGUCAUGAGUAAUACAAGACCAAAAGCUAGCCCAAUACACCAUCCUCGAGCUAUCAGUGUCAGCCAUGUGCCGUCACGCGAAUCUGACGACCGGCAGCCUUCAUUGCACGGAAAGCGGCCCUUCGAGGACAUUACGUCGGAAGACACCAGACCUCAAUAUCACAAUAUGCAUCCUCUCUCUGGGAUGCCCACUGGACCUCCCUCGGUAAUGUCGGACUCCGGUAGGUUGUAUUCUCAAGGAACAAUCGCUUCUCCUGGAACUCAAGCUCCCCUCGCUACUUUACCCCAAAGCCAUGGACCAAGUCAUACGCAAGCACCCUCGGUGCAUUCACAGACAUCUUACUCUCCUAACAUGCAGGCUGGCCGGCCGUUUCCUAGCCCGGGCCCCCCGAGUGACGCUGGCUCGCCUUGGUCUGAGACACUACGAAGACACGGUAUGGGGGGGUCACUCUUCGGCGUUGAGGGACAGCAAGCUUUUAUGACACUCCCCGGAAGCGAUGCGCCUAUACCUGUUCAUAUGGAUUUCUCUCAGGCGUCCAAGAAAGCAGAUGAGAAAAGGCAGCGGAACGCCGUCGCUUCAACAAGACAUCGAAGAAAGAAGAAGAUUAUGCAGGAAGAGAACUCGAAACAAUUGCAAGAGCUCCGGGAUGAAAGGAGAAUGAUGGAAAUCAGAAUCGAUGAGUUGACGCAGCAACGAGACUUCUACCGAGAAGAUCGCAACCGCCUACGAGAGAUUGUCGCGCAAACGCCUUCGAUAAGUGGCCAUGCUGGAGGACCUCCAAGUCCUACUUUUUCAGCAAGCAAUUCGUAUGGGGAUGCGGGAUCAUUGACACCGGGGCCGUCAGGAUCGAUGGGCUAUGGUAGUGAUAUGAUGUCGAGCGAGAGACCGACCCAGCGCCGUCGAACCGACGACCAUCCCGAAUACUCGCUACCGCCAUACGGAUCUCCCGCAAGUGGGCACCCGAGCGCAUCUCCCAGUGGGCUCCCAGCAAUGCCAAUGUCAGGGUACGGUGGACCAUCACGACCAUCAUCCGCUGCAUCAUCGUCAGCAAGCGGCGAGAGGCUGCCACCGCUGAGAGCAAUGGAAGGUCGACCUCCUGGACCAGGUGUGCAGGAACAAGACCCACGGACAGGCCAAUGGGUUCCCGUUCAGCCCCGAGUACCGGAAACUGGCUGGGCGACCAGGGACACUCAUCGAAGACAGUAA